CACUAUCCCACAAUACGAUACCGCACCAAGUUCAGUAUACCCCGAGAUAUUGUUAUUCGUACUACACCUGCACGCCACCAAAAAUGCCCGCUCAGUCGCCCAUUCCCCCACCCGCUGGUAUUCCCGACCGCUCUCGCAAAAUCCCUGCAUACAAGACAUAUACCGGCCCCGACCCAUCCACACUAUCUGGUCCACGCAGUAAGAGUCAGGCGGAACAGUAUUUUGCGAAAGGAGCGCACGAAACGAUAUUGCCCAAGAGAGUGAGCAAGGCCAUUGGCUUUGGGGGCUGGUUCUUUGGAGGUGUUGCUGCUGUAUAUAUGGUUUUGUUUGCAGACUUUGGUGACAGAGAACACGUCUUUAGCCCUGUGAGAAGAGAAUACAUCAGAACAAAGCAGUCUUUCUUCACUUUGACCCCUGAAGAGCGCAAGACAAUGGGGCUGGAAACACGAAUUGGGGAGAGUGAGGCUGGGAAACAGCCGUCAUAGGGGUCUUAUAUCCUCGCUUCAUCAUGUGACACUUGUUUGUAGUUGUAUACCCAGCAUACCAUCUCAAUAUUAUCAUGCAAGG